UUGGUGGGAGUGCGUGACCUCUCGACCAGACUCUAGAGGGAAAACACGAUGAAGAUAUAAAUUUGCUUCGGAAAUCUUGUGAUCUUGGCACAUUACAAUGGUCACUAUAGCAUACAAGUGAGCGGGUACUACCAUUUACGUAUGCUCGUCGCGUGAAUCGAUUACAUGGGUACACCGUGCAAGUGAAGCGGCGAAUUGCUCGUGUAUGUGUCACUAUAGGAGCGAAAAAAAUCCGCAAGCCUGGAAGGAUCAAUCCACAAAUGAUUGCCGCUUCGCGGCCAAUUGAAAACUCACUCGCCUGUCACGUGAGACAUUUUACCCGGAGGCCGAAACCGUUAGCUUCGGAGGUCCUAACGAGCUACUUGUUACAAACUGAGGAACCACCUUGGACAUCAUAUUUUGUGAAAUAUGCCGACGUAUCGAACGAUCAGAGGGGAAUGUCUCAUUUCAAUUGGCCAGUGGGUAAAAGCAACUACCACAUUUUGAGGACAGGCUGUUUCCCUUACAUCAAGUAUCACUGCACCAAGAGGCCUCAACAGGACCUGAGUCUGGAAGACAAAUUCUUCAAGGCGAUCAAGAUACUUAACCUUGGUAUACCAACUCUAAUGUAUGGAUUAGCAGCAACGCAGCUCAUUCGCCACGUAGAGGUCGUUAAAACCAGCAAAGGCGAAGUGCCAAUCUAUUUUCUGAUCCCAGAAGAAAAAGGCUCUCAACAUUGAAUAUUAAAUAAUACAUUUUUUUUAUUGAAUAUAGAAAUGACAAACACACCUUGAGAAUUAAUAA